CACCCUCCUACGGAGCCAUCUGGAGCGAGUGCGGCAACUGGAGCAGCGGAUCCACCAGAAGCAAGCGGGAAGUGGAGCCGCGCCGGGAGCGCAGCCGUCUGGGGACACCGGGGCAGCAGCUCCUGCGGCAGAGGCCGGUGAGAAGCCCCCCGCGUACCAGCGGUUCCACACCCUCGCCCAGGACCUGCCCCCGGGGCUCACGCUGCCCUACAAGUUCAAGGUGCUGGCGGAGAUGUUCCGCAGCGUGGACACCAUCGCCGGGAUGCUCUUCAACCGUGCCGAGACCAUCACCUUCGCGAAGGUCAAGCAGGGGGUGCAGGACAUGAUGCGCAGGCAGUUCGAGGAGAGGCACGUGGGGCAGAUCAAGGCGGUGUACCCCACCUCGUACAGGCUGCGCCGGGAGAGGAACAUCCCCACCUUCAGCAAUGGCGUGAAGAAGUCUGACUACCAGCUCACGCUGGAGCCGGUGCUGGGGGAAGAGGAGAAAGUGGACGGCCGCCCACACUUGUCGGCAUCGCGCUUGCUGGAGCGCAGGAAGGAGUUCAACCGCAACCUGGUGAACAUCGUCAAGCAGCACCACAAGGUGAGGACACCCCCCUCGCCCUGGCACCCUCUGCUUUUGGCAUCUGGGAUUGCUUGGGUCACUAGAGAACUGCCGCAGCCGCCCCAGGAGGACAGACUCAGCACAGCCCAGGAGGUGCUGAGCACGGCUCGGGGGCUGCUGACCCCCAAGAUGGAAAAAGCUCUUGCCAACCUGGCCUUAAGAACCGCUGAAGCCGGUGCGGGGGAACUGGUGGUUUCCAAAGCACCGUCCCCUGCCAGCACCUCCAGUGCUCUCAAAGGGGUGUCCCAGGCUCUGCUCGAGAGGAUCCGGGCGAAGGAGGCACGGAAGCUGCAGGGGUCCUCUUUUGCAGGUGAGAUGGAAAAACACUUGCGCCUCUUCGCAGAGCUGCUGCCCGACUGGGUGGGGAUCCACGCCGUCAGGACGGACACCUACGUCAAACUGGACAAGGGGAAGGACCUCAGCCUCGUCACCCAGAGCCUCACCAAGGCGGCAAAGGAGGCAGAAGCCCUCUGA